AUGAGGUCAUCAGUGGUGUGUGUUAGCGUGUCUAGGCAUAUCUCAAGAAAGACAUACAGUUGGCCAGAAGUUCGCGAUUCUGACAUAGAGGAGGAGUUUAUGCGAGGUGGUGGACCGGGUGGCCAGUCUGUCGCUAAGACAAACAACUGUGUCCAGCUUAAACACAUCCCCUCCGGCAUUGUUGUCAAGUGUCAUGAGACAAGGUCACAGUCUGAGAACAGAAAAAAGGCCCGUGAGAGACUAGCAUACCACCUGGACAUUCUAUACAACGGGGAGAACAGUUUUGACGCCAUCAACAAGAGAGAUCGAGCAGAGAAGAAGUGGAAGGCAGGAAACAAGGCAGAGAAGAUCAGGGACCUGAAGAGACAGUUCAAGCGCCGAGAAGGACUCACAACCAAAGACUUUUAA